AGCGGCUGAGAUUUGUGCAGGCAGAUGAGGCAGAGAGAGGAGGACACAGAACAGGGGGAGGAGAUUUAAAUGGUCAGCUUGUGAAAAGGUAGUGUGGGGCAAUUAGAGGCAAGUGUGUUUUCCUGCAGAUCGGAGCUCAGAGAAGCAGGACUGAAGAGUUGGAGCGAAUUUGGGAUUUUGAAAAAGGCUAUUUUUGUUUUACUUUUUGCAGGAAAAAUGCUCUGUCAAAGCGGCAGACUUAAAAUCAACUUGUGUGCUUCAAUUCUUUCUUCACUAUGAGACUUUAAAACAAUUUCUUCUUGACUGUAUUUUUUUUUUUUAAUCACCCAAGCUUCAUCCAGCACGCCUCUGGGGCCUUAUUCAUUACAAAGCUCACUCCUCAUCAUCAGGUUACACGCGCAGAAGGAGCUACGUGACUGCACUCACUCUCAGCCGGCAGCGGAUGACUCGGAAAUUCCCGGUCAGCAUCUCUUUUCUCUUGUCUGCGUUGUUUGGGACUUUGGUUGAAUUGUUUUGUUGUACUCAUCGGGAGCCAUCAGCACCGUCUUUCACUCGCAGACAUCACGAAAUGAAAGUCGGUUUUGUCAUCCAGACUGCGGUGACGCUUUAUCUGCUGCUCUCACCUGCACAGAGUGUACCCUUGUCGAGCAUAAACAGUACAACAGAAGUGUUGAUGUUCCAGGAGGUGUGGGGUCGCAGCUUCUGCCGGACCAUAGAGAAGCUGGUGGAGGUGGUGCAGGAGUACCCGUCAGAGGUGGAGCACAUCUACAGCCCCUCCUGUGUGCCGCUGGUGAGGUGUGCGGGUUGCUGUGGAGAUGAAAACCUAGAGUGCCAUCCCACUCAAACAACAAAUGUCACCAUGCAGCUGUUGAAAAUCAGGCCAUCAGAGCCGGGCCAGGAAUAUGUAGAGAUGACGUUUGUGGUGCAUCGGACAUGUGAAUGUAGAAUCAAGAAGCCUACUAUUGUUAAAGUUGAAAGGAGAAGGCAAAGAGGAAGAGGAAGGAAGAGAAAGGAGAGGCAAAAAACAAAAGAAUGUGACAGGUGCCAGAUCCCCCGCAGGUAACUGUUGUGGCAAACCAAACCUCCUGUUGCAGUGUGGCUCAUAAUUUAUUUCCAACCCAGUGGCAGCAUCCAGAGUGUCCUCCGCUCAUUCACUAACACUGUGUCUGCAGCCAGAGACUCAAACUGCUGGGUUGUGCUGCCGACACGCCCUCCUGCUGACGGGCAGAGCAUUAAUAAUGAUAAGCUUCAACAGGAAGUUUGUUUUGACCGGUGGAAACACUGCUGUUACACAACUGACGCAAUGGACACGCCUGGGAGCCAGUGCAAUGUAGAACCCAACAGACCAUCGACUUCUCUCUUAUAUCACUACAGUGUCAGUUAUUGUAAUGUGGACAUUUCUUUGGUAUUUAAAGGUGGUAACAGAUGUUAAGAGCCUAUAUUUAUUAAUACAGAGAAAGGACAGCAUUGUCAACAUUUUGUUCAAACAAUAUCCAAGAAGCCUUGACUCAUCAUAGCAGAGAAUGUUGCAGCUGUUUCCUGCAAGCAAUAAUGAAAUGUCUCCCUCUUGUGUUAUUGAAAUAGUGUUCCAAAGUGCUCCACGGGAAAUGAUUCCUUGGCUUUUUCAAUCAUAUAAAUAAGAUUAGAUUUAGGACAGAGGUUUGAGUCACAUAAUCCGCCUUUGGCUGAUAUGGACAGUCAAACCUCUUUUCAAAGAAAAAUAUGACCAGACAUGAGUUUGAUGAUAAUUCAGACCUAAAGAAGAAUACCAUUUAUCAGAUAUUUUUAACAUCUCAAGGCAUGACCAAAGAUAUUUUUGUAUAAAUAACUAAAUGUGAUUUAUGAAAUUGUCAAAAUUAUGAAGUGUUCUCUGGGAUCGAUCCCUCUUUCUCUGUUGUUAUGAAGGGUUGGGAUACACUGUUCAUUAUACAUGUUCAAUAUUAAUAGAGGGUCUAAUCAUUGCUGAAUCCUUUCAAAAUUUAAAAGACAGAUUUGCCUAGUGAGUGGCUUUAUCUCUGAAUACUGUAUCCAGGUCUGAGAGAAAAAAAGCUUUUCAGUUACACAGACACAUCCGUUUGUCUGAAGCACACCAGGAAGUGGGUAAGCCCAGUAGGAUUUUCAAGAUCAAUACCACAUCAAUACAAUGAAGCAGUGUUCAUUUGGUAUUGAUCCCAAUUAAAGAGUAUCAAUUAUUAGUUAGUUUUCAUCAUCUAAUGUGGUUAUAAAGUUUUCACAGACAUAAAAACAUUUCUGUGCUUUGGGCUAAAGCAGCGCUCAUUUUUUGUCCGACCCAGUGACACAAAUCUCCCAUAAGCCCUCACCACAGGUGUGUUCUUCUGUCUUUUUAAAAAAAAAAAAACACUGCAGUGGAAGAAGUUUUGUAAAGUGGUGAUUUUUGUUUUUUGUCUGUUUGUUUUUCAUGUGCUUCAAAAAAGAAAAUCUAUGAAAAUGUAAUAAGUGACUUUUCUAUUGUGUUAGUAUUUUUUUUUUUUUUCAUUUGAAUAUUUAUUUUAUAAUUAAAU